CUUAAUUUGGUUUUCAUAUUUGAGUCAUUAUUAUCCGUUUCUUUGUAACCAGUUAUACACCUGUUAAAUAACUCGUUAAUUGUACAUCAGCAAAAAAAAUUUAAAUAUUGCUGAUUGUAAGCUGUAAAUACUUUAAAUAUUUAGAUUUUAUUAUCAUCUCUAUUACGGAUAAAAAAAUAAAUUAAUUUAGUAGUACAUAAAACACUAUUUUUUCUAUUAAAUUCUGUUAAUUUUAUGUUUUAUCAUAUUUUUAAAAUCCAAGUAAUUAAAUAAUGGUUUAUGUCAAUUAGAAAAAAAUUUAAUUCCUUAUUUUCUUUUGUAGAACUUAUUUUUUAAUAAGUCUAAUAAUAUUUUCCUAAUUUAUUAGCAACUGUAAUAUUAUUUCCAAAAUUGAAGGAAUUUUUACUUCAUUUUAUUAGAAACUAGAGGUACAUUUUAAAAAAAUGCAUCCUAUUCAAUGAAGCACAAUAUAAGUUACCAUGGAAAUUUGCGAGGUCAUACAUAGCAGUUUAAAUGAAUCGAUCAUAUUAUUUUUCGCGCAUUGUCAGUAUUAAUCGACGUGAUCUAACAAUACGAUGUAGCCAACAAUCAUACCUUUGGUAUAAAGAUCGACGCACCGAUGUCUUAUAAAAACAUUGUCACAAAACUCAUUCUAUGCGUCAGUCGGUGAAAGAUAAUUUGUUAGUGCACUGAGAUUUGGACGAGCUUUAAAUCUCUUUUGAUACAUAAUUGGAUUCCUCUUACGCAGUGAGGCCAUUUAAAAAGAUGUCUGUAGGAGUCAUGGAAACUGUCAUGGGAAAAAGUGGAAUCAUGGAAGCUGCUGCUCAAGUUGUUACAGGACAGCCUAAAUCCUGGGACGUAAAUCGAUAUGCAACAAAAAAAACAAUUGCUCAAGGGAUGCUAGAUAUUGCCUUACUUACAACUAAUGCAUCUCAACUUAAAUUUAUACUUCAGGUUGGAAGUCAACACGAAUUUUAUACAUUAAUGCUGACACUGAUUGGUAUUUCAAUUAGUUUACAGCUUCUUCAAGGUGUUCUUUGUGUAUUAUUAGGAUCGAGCUUUGAUAUAAACAAAGAAAAUCAUCAACGAAGAGCAAAUUUAUGGAACGAUAUUUGCAUGUCAAUGAUGGUUUUGACAGUCGCCGUCAAUGUAAUAUUAUCUGCAUUUGAAAUGCGUGACACAAAUCAUAUUGAAUAUAGAUCAAUCAAGAACGCUAUUCCAAUGGAAGAAGAAAAAGCGUAAAAAAAAUUGUAAAUAAAUAAAUUUCUUAAAAUUCUUUUAUAUCUGCAAUUAAAUAAUAUUAAUAAUAAUAAGUUAAAUAUCUGUAUAUCACUAAAUUUUACAGAAAAUGAAGUAUUUGAAUUUUCAAUAUUGAAAAUAACAAAAUUUUACAUCUAUAGGAAUAAAAUAAUUUUUUUUAUAUUUUACAAAUAGAAUU